CGAUUAUCUGGCAGUGCAUAAUUUAUUUUGUAGCCUGCAGUUUUUUUGCGCAAUAAUUACAUACGAUUAAUUUUAGAUAAUUUUAUAUUAAUAAUAUUACUUUUAAUGCAUUAAAAUAACCAGCAUUUAUGGAAUAAAAAUAAAAUACUUCCUGUGAAAAGAAAAGAAAAAAAAAAACAAAAAAAAAUCACUUUAUUGCAUUAGCAAUUACAAUGAAAUGGGACGAUUUCGGUGCAGGCUGUAUUGGCGGUGCUUGUGGAGUUCUUAUCGGCCAUCCUUUAGACACUGUGAAAACAUGGCAACAAGCUUCAAACUCAUCGGUGCCACGCGCUGUGAGUCAAAUCUAUAACCGAAAUAAUGGGUUAAAUGGCUUUUACAGAGGAAUGCUAUUUCCGUUUGUAACAACGGGUGCCAUUAAUUCAAUUCUUUUUGGCAUCUACGGCAAUCAUCUAAGACAACUGCGCAGAGUCUGUCACAGUGAUUAUCAACGUGAGCAGUUGGAGUAUCAGAACAUGUUCAUUGCUGGAUCCAUAGCCGGUUUUGUGCAAUCUUUCAUCGCAUGCCCCAUUGAGCUGAUUAAGGUGCGACUUCAGACUCAUUGCUAUUACAAUGAAUAUAUUUUUGGGCAACGACGCACUCCUUGGGGUGUUUUUAAAAAAGUUAUACAAGUAGAUGGAGUAUCUGGAUUAUAUAGAGGUUUACUACCUAUGAUGUGUCGCGAUGUGUUUCCCUAUGGUAUUUAUAUGAUGGUGUAUCGUCAAACCGUUGACUUCUUGGAAAAAACACCCUUAGUGCAGAAACGUCGACACGAACGUCUUAACAAAAAUGAAAAUUCUAAUGUCGAGUUUCUGGUAACCACAUUGGCAGGAGCUUGGGCCGGCAUUCUUUCCUGGGUGUGUGUUAUACCUUUCGAUGUUGUGAAGACUAUCAUGCAAGCAGAAAGUAAGAAACAAUAUCGCAAUAUAAAACAUUGUUUGGUGAAAAAUUUUAAACUCUAUGGUUGGCGCCGUUUGUUCCGCGGCAGUUGGAUGUUGGUGGUGCGGGCAAUGCCAGUUAAUGCAGCUACAUUUUUAGGAUACGAAUAUGCCUUGGAAUGGUUUCACAAGCUAAACGACUCAUAUAUAUGAGGUUGAAGCCAUUUUAAGAACAUUUUUUUACUGUUGGAAGCAAACCAAAAAACAAAAAAAAUCGGAAAAAGUAAACAAAAGUGUGAAAUGUGUUAAUUCCCUGUUUCUCGAAAUCAUCAGUAAUAAUUUGGAUAUUUUAGUGUUGAAUUAUUUUAAAUUUUUAUUUAAUUUGUAUUAUAUAUUUUUCAACAAAAAAAGCUAAUUUGUAUAUUGAAUAUUUUAUAUCGAAAGUAAGCGAAUCCCCUAAUUAACUUUUUAUUUUUAGUUAUACUCAUAACCUCAAAUAUUGAAAAAUUGUUAUAAAAUUUGUGCUUACAAACAAAAGGGGCAUGCACUCGAAUGCACUUGAUUGAUGAUUGCAUUAUAAAAAGUUUUUAAUAAGAGGUGUUAUUUUGAUAUUCAAUGAAAAAUGCUAUU